GAGAUUUCAACAUUAACGGACGGAUUUGUUCCUCGGCUGCGUCGGUGGCCCUUCCGACAGGAUGCUGCAAAAUGAAAUGUUGCACUAAAAACUUCAUCCAUUCCAGGAUCUCACCUUCGUUUUCGGGAAAACAAGCAACUACUGUACUGUAAUGGUGGAAAAUCGGUUGUGAAGCCUGGCAUUUUUGCACUACUCAGUUCGGUAUAGACUUUUACAACCCCAAGGGUUUUCUCGGUGGUUCCUUACUAACAUCCUCACUAACACAUAUUAGUUAGAGUGCCGUAAAAAUCUAUCCCACUGCGAGGAGGCAAAAUGUUAAUUUUCAGCAGUAGCAGCAGUGCAAGGUUUGCUGCUGUGAGGAAAAACUAACCGUUUGGAUCCUCGAAGCUGUGUGAGAAAAAAAAACUCUCAGUUUAGUGGUUUCCGGUGCAAAGGAGUAGUGAAAAAGUGAAAAAAAAAACAGUAAAACCUAUGGCAUCUCCGCGUUCCACAUCCAGUCUCAGGAAUCAGCGUCGGAAUCCAUCCUGAAGGUUCAUGUGCACGUGGACCGAGUGGAGCGAAUAAAAGUUUGUUUUGAUUUAUGGUCUUAUUUAUGGUGAAAGUUUGACUCCGGCAAAACGACGACGACGUCCGCUUUCCAGCUCACUUUUCCUGGCUCCAGAGGGAUCGAUUUUUCUCUCUCGAACUCGGUGGUGAUUUUUUUUAUUCAGUGCUCUAGACCUUCCGUUAGAAGGGGCCCCGGAAAACCGCAUCUAAGCAAAUUCGACCGGAAUGUGCGGGACCGUGUUUUUCAACCGGUAAACAUAACCUACAUGUUUGUAGCUGCGAGCUGAAAGGAUACAAGUGCUCUGAACAGCCCUACAUGUUUGUGUUCGAGUGUCCCACACGGGAGGCAAAGGGUGUAAUUACAUUACUUUCAACUUUAGCGAGUUGGACUGUGUUGCGUGUUUGACGGGUUCUGCAGCUUUGGACCCAACAAAAAUGUGAGCCUCCAACCGAAUAAACACGGCUCUGGUCCGGAUACAUUCGUGCGGAUUUUUACCUAUAAUUGGAUAAAACGUGCUGUGAGUGUGUGCGUGGAAUCCUCCGAAAGCCGUCGUAACACGUAGUCGUAGCAAGGUCGUUCCGGAAGUACCGGUACGGUGGAAAUGAACUUGGCGGAAUUCGUUCACCAGCAUCGACAAAGGACGUUAGCAACAGCGAACACUGGAUCACCGGAACUUUGAUGGAGUCUCUAACCGUGUGACCCGCACUGGCAAAAAUGACUCAACCUCGGCCCUUCCGGAAGCCACCGGACGUCGAGGAAGCUUUGUCCUCGAUGCUCUGGACACCGUACGACAAUAAUGUUUCCGACUCGGAUUCCUCACCGGACGACGAUGAUGACAGCAGCAACGGAAAUGGACCAUCACCGGGCGGAAACCCUUUCACGAUCCUUGGAAGGUACUCGCACUCCAACGCACAAAACAAUCAUUUGCCCUCGUCGUCCUGGUUCCAGUAUGGCGGCGGCCAGCCGAAUGUCAGUAGUACUUGCUCAUCGUCGGCGGGUCAUCAUCCGGCGACGCUGAUGAAGCGAAGUCUCUCGGAACGGAAUUACCGGAGCAGUUCUUCGAACAGUGCCGAUGGCAAAACCAGUAAUCGGAUCAGCUAUCCUUACUACGGAAUGCAUCAUUCGUCGCCAAUGGCCACGGACCUUGGAACGCCCGACGGUUAUUGGGAUAGUAAUAAUAUUUACCCAAAUGACUAUCCACCAGGUCCUGGUCCUGCAAUGGCCAGUACACGACAGGCCACACUAAUGGCCACGACCAUAUUUCCACUUCCUUUGGACUCCUACUGGAAGCAAAAUCGGUCAAUUGCCAGUCAGCCUCUGCCGCCACUUCCACAACCAGCUUUGGUUCCAGCGUUGCCUUUUAACCUGCUCCUCGGGGCAGAUUCUCUGUUUCCGACCAAUGCAAAUAGCACUUUGCUUCUGCCACCGCCAUCUAGUAUCGGGAGCGCUAGUGGAACGUUCUGCGAGGAAGAUUUGGUCAAUUCCAAUAUGAUGCUGUUAGCCGGAGUAGAUGAUACUUUUGCCGAUUAUCAGGUUUAUCCCACUCCACCACCCCCGGCUCCAGUCGGAAUCGGUGCUAGUUCCUACAUCAUGCAGCAGCAGCAGCCUCCACGAGUAUGGAGCCAACUUUUGCCGAACGUGUCUUCUUCAGCCUCCGCGCCAUCGUUCCUCACAGCGCCAAUGGCGGCGUCCUCUAGCAUGGCAUCGGGUUACAUCCAGCCGCCCAGCGAUGACAAUAACAACAGUCUAAGCAAAAUUUCCGCAAUACUUAAGCCAGUCAUGCGCAGUGCAAGCAACUUGAGCCAUAAUGGCAACGUUGGAGACCUACAUUUCUCAAAACAUCAACAACAUCGAUGUCCGCAAAGGCCGAACUCCGAACCAGAAGAAGAACGGCGGCUAUGCAGCAGCAGCAGCAUAGAGAAUGCAACUGGAUCAAGUUCCACCAACACUAUGCAAUGGAUGCAUCGUUACAGCCGCCGUCGCCUCCAAUCAACGGAUGAACUCAAUGCUGAUGCGACGGCGACGCUCUCGGCGGCUGCUACGGAUGAACAUUCAAAGCAGACUGAGCAACAAAACACAAAUCCGUUUAACGACCUGCAACAGCAUUACCCACAAACGGGAGGGUUCGACGGCGACGUCGAUGAAUAUCAACAACAUGCGCUGGUUAAUGGAACGGCGUUGAAUGGUUUGGAUCGCGUCGCGUCAUUUAGUAGUGUGCGGAUCGUGAACGGAGAAGCAACAACUGCGUGCGGAAGUUUUGUUGACGCGUCGGAACGUCGUUUUUUCGCUUCGACCGACCAGCGACGAAACCAACAACAACAGCAACAACGGUCGACGGAUAUCGAGCGGAAUUCCGUUUUCGGAGACCAAAACAACAAUAAUAAUUAUUCCAGUGGGUCAACCUACAAUAAUAGGCGGUACAGGGCUUUGGAUAGUUUGAAGGGUUUCGGUCGAAGCGUGAGAGAUCGGUUCGCGAAUAUCAUGCGUUUGAACGUGCCAGCUGCCCCCGAGGGCAGCCGGACCAGUGUUUACAUUCCGUCCUCGGAAGGGACGAUUGCUAGUGUGGAUCUUCAAGGCAAUAAUAGUGGUCACGAGGCUGGAUCUAGGCCUACCCUUACCAUACAAGUGAAUCGAGUGGAUACCAACAAUCAGCAGCAGAAUGAUGUCGUCAAUAAUGCGUCUUCAGGCGUGAGCAUCGUUAAUUGCUAUCGCGAAACGCCUGUGAGCGCGACGACGUCGAAGGAAAAUGCUACCAGUGAUUCCAAUGAUGGUGAAAGUGGUCUUGAAUGUCAAUUCAAUCCAAGUGAUGUUAACAGUGCUAAUCCUAAUGCAAAUAAAAUUCCUGUAAAUAUCAGUGCAAGUGCAGAGCAAAUGGUUCAUGUUUCUAACGACACGAUCGUGGCGAGUGGUGAUUAUUUAGCCCACGAUCAAAAUCAAAAUCCUACGAUCAAGCGUAGCCAUAGUGUACAUAAUAGCAGCAGCGACCAGCAAACUAUUCUCCCAUACCCCCAAACGGAUAUCGACCAGAUCGAGCAGAACUUGAGCCGCACCUACACUUCGACGGAGGCUCAAACUGACAGUCUCCCCCCAAUUACAAGUGCCCCAGUGCCCCUUCGCGAAACGCACCCCUACCCAACCCAACCGAUCCUUGCAACUCCUACUCACCCCACCCUACUCCUUACCCCUCCCUUGACCGAGUUCAAUACCCGUGAGCAUAGGCGCCGUGAACGUCGGGAGCGUCGCCAAGCGCGCAACCGAAUGCAGCAUGUCCAUCCGAUGGACCAGCAGCCGUUGCGUCCGGCUCCGUUGGAAAUUAUUCCGGAUAUUUUGCACAGCCAUCUACCGCCACCAUAUACAACGCUUCCGAUGGGGGCAACGGCGGUUCUAGCAGGACCUCCGCCCCCUUUGCCGAUAGCAGCCGUACCCCUGGGGCACCAUCAUCGCGGUGGGCCACUUGGGGUUGCUGCUGCUGCUGCCGUCCCUGGAGUAGUAGAGGAUUGCAGAUACACGUUCCCGAUCCCGAUCAUAAGAAGCUCCCCGUCGGAACGGUCCCGGAAAGGCUGCUGUGGCCACUGGUUCGCGGGGCCACCACUGCGGGCGCUGAUCGCAGUGGUGGCCCUAGGCGGUGUGGCCUGUGCACUGGGCGGGGCAGCCCUCGGAGCAACCGGAUUGGCCGGUUCACCUACCUCACACCUGACAGCGGCCUUACUCAUGAUCGGAGUCGGAGUUAUCCUGGUGACGGUUAGUGGAGCAGCCUGGCGAAUGACGGCUCCUGGAGCGCCUCCCUGCCUAGGCCUGGGCUCGACCGUGGAUUUGGCCCGCUGCUCCCGGAGACCCUGCGGACGAGGUGGAAGCACCCCCCACGGACUGUUGUAUCCCGAGUUCCAGCAUCGGCCGCCACCCCCGUCAUAUCAGGCCAGCAUGCAGGAGUAUCGAUUGAGACUAUUGCUACUCGAUAGAGACCGCCAAUCGGGAAGGAUCCGAAGCACAGCAUCUCCUCCUCCAACCUACCGUUCCAAUGUCGGAAGUCUUCUCAGGAUUCCGCUCACCUCUCGGCAAAGCAACUCCGCCUCUAGCGCGAAUGGAAGCGUCAAUGGAGCCCACCCACCAGGUUCCAACAAUAGCACCGGCCUGUUCGGAGGACUCAGUGGAAUUAUCAGCGGUGCCAUCGGCGGUGGAAAUGGAUCUUCAACGGCAAGCACCCCACAACAUCCAAGACCUCCGACAGCUGUUGGGUCGGAAGCUCCAAGCAAUGGCGUUGGGGCCCCAGCUGUGCCACCACCCACCUAUCGCACCAUCGACCGGAGGGACUCUGCGACGUCAUUUGGGGACACCGCCAACAGCCAGUUGGAAGACCAGUUGAUUAUUAAAAUUGAUGACACCAAAUCGGCACCCCUGGUUGGUUCCGGACUGAACUCGACGCCACAAAUAUCAACAACAACGACAACGACGGCCGUCGUGCAUCACAAACAACGAAAUUCAAUAACGGCCGAAACAAUUGAAAACGACUACAAUAGCGGCAGUAACAAUAGUACUAGUAAUAGUUAUGCUAUCGGUAAUAGUAGCGCUAAUGGUGGAAAUAGUAUUAAAGUGGACGAUGGGCAGCUUAGUAGAAAGAGCAGCAAAAACGGCAAGGAUUUAGUUACGAUUGUGACCAUUUCCGGUUCGCUCGAAAGAUCGAAACAGACUGUGAAUGGCGACGGGACAACUAGUGCGGGUCGGGGUGAUCCCAGCAUGGACCCACCCAAUGGCCAUCUGUAGCCACGUGAGGUCCUCGACGAUGAGGACACGGCUAUUUGAAUCUACUUUUUUUUUUCAAUACAAACUCUAUCACUGUUGAACAGCGAGAUCGAAACAAUGAAAAUCAAAAAGCCAAUAACAGAUAAACGAAAAUAACUACAAUCGACAAACGAUAUUUUCACAACCGCCAUGGAAGUCUAGUUUUUAUUAAGAUACAAUUUAUACUUGUUUUAUUUUGUUAAGCUCUUAUUUUGUUCGGUGUGGAUGAAUGAAAACUUUUUUAAGUUUUUUCUCGAACAAAAUUCAAUCACCCUACCUGAUGUCAAAAUCAGAAAAACAUAAAGAUUAAAUCAUUCAACCCCUUUAGUGUUUUAAGUUGUUCGCAUUUUAGCCGUAAGUCGCCGAUAAUGGAAACAAAAUGAUUUCUUUAGAAUUGGAUAAGAGUUUUGAAGUUUGUCGGAAAAAAGUUCAGGGCUAAACGAAAAAUCACUCGAACACCCACUAUCGCUAAGCUCCCGCACUGUCAGUGGAAAAA